GGUUCCACCGUUUGUACCCCUUCAACUGCCUCUCUCUCUCUCUCUCCCUCUCUGUCCUCCCUUACCUGUGUGUAUAUAUAUAUAGACCACGCAGAAGCUUGUAAUUCACUUAAUUUCCUAUCACUGGGAACUCAAGAGAGAGAGAACCCAGGAAUUCAAACAGCUGGAGGACGAGAAAGAGAGCCUUAUUGAUUAAUUGUCUUAUCAUCUCAACAAUCAGCGACCAUGGCUGAAGAAUUCCAAGCUGGAGUUUGUGGCUCAGUCUGGUGGAGUGGUUUGCCGAGAAGCUCACUUGGGAUGUCGCCCUGCUCGGUGGCCAUCAACGAUAUGGGAAGCUUUGGCUGGCCAAGCGACUUGUUGGAGGUCAAGCCAAGGUCCAAUAUUGAGGGCUCCGUAAUGUUCCAAGACAUACAGCAGAAACAACAGGAUCAGCCGGAUUCCGUCUGCGGUGGCGGCGACGUUUUAACGGAUUCCGCCUUGCAAAUGAUGGGUAUCGGCCCCCUUACAUCUUCAACAACAACAGAAGAUUGGAGCCAAACUCUACUUAGUGCUAGUGCCGGAAGAAGCGAAAACAAUUUCAAUUCUUCUAUUCUACAAGACGACAUGAUUAAUCCCCGGCUCAACUUCCGGCAAGAAACAGGGAUGGAUUGUCCUCAAAUCCAUAUCAAUAACUAUUCCAUUCCAGAUUCAACCAUCAAUGAAUUCAAACAAACGAAUCAAGAGUUUUCGCUGGAUGAGCCUGGUCUGAACUGCGCAACCAGCUCCGGCGACUCGGCGGCGACUUGCCAGGGAUUGCCGAGCAGCUUUCGGAUGAGUUCGGCCUCUUAUAAUAGCUACUCUCCAACAUUGAUUCCAACUUUGUUUGACACAGACCAUCAUCAUCAACCACAGCAAUCUCUUUUUGAAAAUGGGUCCAUGAACUAUCCAUCUGCAACAAAUUACAGGCCAAGCUUGAAUGAAUUUGAUCCUUCCUUGGCAAAGUUGUCGCCUUUGAUAAGGCCUAAUUCACUGCCAAAGCAGCCACCAAUUAAUCCUUUCUGGAAUGCCACCACUGCUGCUAUAAACGAUAUCCGUGCCAGCAUUUUUCCUUCAAAAUUGUUUGAAGAGAAACCCAAUUCCCCCAAUGUCACUACAAAGCCCACAAGUGAAGCAGUUCAAGACUCGGGCUCAGCAGUGAAGAAAAGCAGUAGCGAACCUGCAUUCAAGAAACUGCGAAUUGAAACGCCAUCGCCAUUGCCAACCUUUAAGGUCCGUAAAGAGAAGCUAGGGGACCGAAUAACUGCCCUCCAGCAGCUGGUUUCUCCUUUCGGAAAGACUGAUACUGCAUCGGUUCUCCAAGAAGCCAUCGAGUACAUCAAAUUCCUGCAUGAUCAAGUCAGUGUUUUAAGUACUCCAUACAUAAAGAAUGGAGCUCCGGUUCAGCGCCAUCAGGCUACUGAUAAACUGACGAGGGACUCCGAAUUAGGGCCAAAACAAGACCUAAGAAGCCGGGGGCUUUGUCUGGUUCCGAUAUCAAGCACCCUUCCAGUUGCCACUGAGACUACGGCUGAUUUCUGGACACCAACAUUUGGAGGAACAUUCAGGUAGACAAGAGAAUUAGGUUGACGCGACCAAGCUAGCCCAUCCAAGUUGGGUAUGAUCAUAUAUGUUUCAAUUCGGAAAGUAACAAGAAAAUUAAAGGAAAAGCUUGCGCGCGACCCAUAUUCCUGUACUGAAGAUGGAAUGAAGCAAAAGCAAGACAAACAGAAAAAGGAGAAGAAAAGCAACAACAAAAAAAGGAGCAAGUGACCCUUCAAGGAUGGACAGGCAAUGCUGGGCCAAGCAUCAGGCAAAAUGAUGCAGCAGAGAGCAAAUGAUUAGGUAUACCACUGGAAGAUAACAUUAAUUUGCAUGUGUUGUAAUAAUUUAUAUAUAAACCAAUGUGUAUUGUAUAGUUAAGAAGAGGUGGGUUAGCUAGGAACAGGAACAAGUGCUAAAUUUAGCUUUAAAAGUAGAUUAGUUUAGAGGGGAUUUGUUAUAAGCUGAAUUUAGCAGAUGGAAGGUGAUUAAACUUGGGGUUCUUGUUCCUGUUUCUACAUGUAUUAGUUCUUUUUGCUCAAGGGAAAUUGGGCCCAAAAAAACACCAAAAAUUUGAGAAGAAAGUUUUUGUGGUGGA